AUGGCUCAAGGACUCUUUCCUGAGCCCGUUCUGAAAAAGCGGCGAUUGACAAUGCAACUUGCCACAGAGAUAAAAAAACUUAGCGAUGACAUUGUUGAGUUGGAGAAUUGGUCAAAGAGCUUAAGUUACAAUGUCGAUGAUACAGAACUAGAUAUGGGCAAACUUAUGUCAAUAUUGUGUGAAGAUCCCAAUAGGGCAACGCCUGAAAAGCCGGGCCCAUAUGAUAUGUCUAUAUCUUCUUUAAUCUCCACGUUGCUUCCUUUUUCUACGAAGUGUUCUCCAGUAACUUCAGAGGAGCAUCCUCCGCCGAAUCCUUUUGCCCUCGAUACACUUUCUCAAGCUGAGCCAUAUCUAACAUUAUUCGCCCCAUUGAAACUCAAAUCAUAUUCAAAUACUUACUGUGGUUUGGACCCAGACAAGCAUUUGGAGAAACAUACCUUGGAACUGUCUACACCGCGGCCCUUUCCUUCUAGACACCUCCACUUAGCCAUCAACUACGAAACGGAUCCAGAAACGCAGUCUGUACUCUCCAUAUCGGUGCCAAUGGGUAUUGACAACAAAGUACCAAUAUCUUUGCGCCAGUGGAUCGAAUCAAGGCUAGCGAACCCACUCUUGAAGUUGGAUGUAUCGGGUCUAUGUUGGGGCAUACAACGGUACUGGGAAGCCUCAAUAUCACGUGCCAAACUAUGGUCGCGGCUAGAAGGACAAUAUCGAGGACUGAUCAGAAGUCGUGGAACAACCAGUGAUACUGAUAAAUUGGAUGACUUCCUAGACCCCGAUGUGCCCACUCUCUCGAGUAUAAAUCCACGGAAAAUACUACCACACCUUGAGCGUACAUCUAUGCUAUUCGAGUCCGGAGGUGGAGAGUCUUUACGAGCCUACUUUUCAUGCGAACUAGCAAUCGAUGAAUGGGCAGGUGAGCCCAGGUUGGUUCCGGGGAUCAGUGUGUCUGCACCGUCCAUGAUGAAUGGCAGGUCGGGAAGCAAGGUGGAACAGGAUGUCAAAAGACUAUUUCACACAAUUUUGAACGAGAAACAGAGCGGGCGAAUAGGCACAGACGUUGAUAUCAAUGCAGAUGCGAUAGUACAUGCUGCUGAACAUAUUCUGGGUGUCUUAUUCUUUGAUGAGCCCGAAAAACAUGCUUUCAAAGUGAAGGCAAAAAAGUGA